CCCCAAGCUGGAGCUUGAGAUUGCCAGCUUGCAUUUCUGAGAACUUUUGGGGGAAAAAAGUAAGCAAUUUUAAGUUUUUCACACAGAAAUCCAAGACUUCUCUUGACUGCAAGCGUGAUUCUAAAAAAUCCAAUGAAUCAUCGUUUCAGACCUACAGUCAUGCCUCAUUAAUCCAAAGGGAGACUUCUGUUCGAUCAAAUUAUGCCAAAUGAAUGUUACAUAAGCCAGGUCUGAGGCAUCUCUAAAGGGGACUGUCUCACUAUACAACUGUUUUGCUUUCUUCAUCAAGGAAAACAUCAACGCUCUACGAACCAGAUGGCAAGUUCAUUUGCAGCUAUAAUUGGAAGCGUAGGAGGGGCAUUUGCAUUGUUAGGAACAGUGAUUUUGUUAACAUGGCUUUGUGUGUUACAGUGCAGAAAGUUCUCAAACAAGAAUUCAGAUACAGCUUCUUCAGAUCCAUCUGCAGUAGUAGAGUCAAAAAGAGGUGGAACCAGCUCAUCUGCAGCCCCACCUGCAGCUGGACAGCAUGAAGCAAGGCAAUUUGGAAUUGAAGAAUUGGAGCGAGCAACAAGGAAUUUCAAUGAGAGCAAUCUCAUUGGAUGUGGAAGUUUUGGCCUUGUGUUUAAAGGAUUGCUGUGUGAUGGGACUGUUGUGGCUAUCAAGAGGCGUAGAGGUGCUCCGAGGCAAGAUUUGAUAGAUGAGGUAGCCUAUUUAUCACAAAUUUGGAACCGAAAUUUGGUUACUCUACUAGGCUUCUGCCAAGAAAAUGGAUAUCAUAUGCUGGUUUUUGAGUAUUUACCCAAUGGCAACAUGUGUAACCAUUUGCACGAUACUGGAGAAAAUUCAAGAACUACGCUAGAGUUCAAGCAAAGGCUAUCUAUUGCAAUUGGUGCAGCCAAAGGUUUAUGCCAUCUGCACAGCCUAUGCCCUCCUGCAUUGCAUAAUAACUUUAAAACGGCUAAUGUUUUGGUUGAUGAGAAUUUCAUUGCCAAAGUUGCAGAUGCAGGGAUGUCAAAACUACUGGAGAAAAUCGGAGAUGCAAAUCCAUCGAGUUCCAAUUUCAAUGCUUUUAAAGAUCCCGAGGUUGAACAAGUGGGUAUUUUCUCUGAAAUGAGUGAUGUAUACAGCUUUGGAGUAUUCUUGAUGGAGCUCAUCACGGGAAGGGAGACUACUGAUAUGGAGGCCUUCGGAUCAAAUGAACGCGUACUUCAAUGGGUCCAAAUGCUUCUGAGUUCGAACAAUUUAGUGGAUCAUCGACUGGCUGGGAGAUUCACUGCAGAGGGAAUGAGGGAUCUUAUAAAGUUGAUGCUACAUUGCAUGAGGAUUCCAGGAAAAGAGAGACCAAAAAUGAAAAACGUGGUAUUGGAACUUGAUCGAAUACUCGAGCAGGAGAUUAGGCUCACAACAGUCACCGGUGAAAGUACUACUACUGUUACUUUAGGGAGUCAACUAUUUUCAUGGUAGGAGCUUGGGUAUUGGAUGCUACUGUAUAGUACAAUAGAGAAGAUUGAUACAUCGUUUUCCUUCUAAUCCUAUUCAAUAUGUUCCCAUCGAAGGUAAAAACAUGCCCUAGGCGCAUGAGAAAAAUGGAAGAAAGUAGAGGUGAUGUGUCAUAUUCAAGCUUAUUUUUAUCACAGUAAGUAGGUGGUGACCUGCUGUGAUUAAUCGUGUUGAUGCAUAUUAUUAGACACAAAUAACCGGCGGAAAAUAUUUUAGCUUAUUUUUCUUCUUUAA